UUCCUUGCUCCUUUUGCCACCGCCCACUCCGGACAGGCUGACAACCUGGACUGCUCCUCGGGACUUGCCUGACUUUUUCCAUAUCCUCCCACCCAGCUGAACACCCCCACCCGCGACGCGGAUGGGACGCCGGAGGACCCAGCGAGCAUGCGCGACCAUCCCGGGCAUGCUCAGUAGCGCGCGCGGCGCCCCGGAGCUUCGCCCCCGGGCUGCGGCCGACGCGGAGGUUUCCGUGGCUUCUGCGGCAGCGACGGGAAGUGAGGCGGCACGGCCGGGCGACCGCGGCGGCAGAAACAGCGGCGGAAGGGUCGCUGCGGCGACGACGUCGUCGACGACCGGCGUGACCGAGGGGGCUGAGCGCCGAGGGGACUCGCCCGCUCGGAAGCCGGAUCCCGAGCCGGGCAGGAUGGAUCAUCACCAGCCGGGGACUGGCCGCUACCAGGUGCUUCACAAUGAAGAGGAUAAUUCAGAAUCAUCUGCUGUAGAGCAGCCAUCAACUUCAAACCCAGCACCACAGAAUGUGCAGGCUGCUCCUUCAGCAUCUGGACUUGAGACCGACUCGUCUCCUCCACCUUACAGUAGUAUUACUGUGGAAGUACCUACAACUUCAGAUACAGAAGUUUACAGUGAGUUUUAUCCUGUGCCACCUCCUUACAGUGUUGCUACCUCUCUUCCUACGUAUGAUGAAGCUGAGAAGGCCAAAGCUGCUGCAAUGGCGGCUGCAGCAGCAGAAACAUCUCAGAGAAUUCAAGAGGAAGAGUGUCCACCAAGAGAUGACUUCAGUGAUGCAGACCAGCUCAGAGUGGGUAAUGAUGGGAUUUUCAUGCUGGCAUUUUUCAUGGCAUUUAUUUUCAACUGGCUUGGAUUUUGUUUAUCCUUCUGUAUCACCAAUACCAUAGCUGGAAGGUACGGUGCCAUCUGUGGAUUUGGCCUCUCGUUGAUCAAGUGGAUCCUUAUUGUCAGGUUUUCUGAUUAUUUUACUGGAUAUUUCAAUGGACAGUAUUGGCUUUGGUGGAUAUUUCUUGUACUUGGCCUGCUUCUUUUCUUCAGAGGAUUUGUUAAUUAUCUGAAAGUCAGAAACAUGUCUGAAAGUAUGGCAGCUGCUCAUAGAACAAGAUACUUCUUCUUAUUAUAGAGACUGCGUUGACCAGACAUUCCUAUCUUAUAUCAAUGUGAAAUUUCCAGAUCAUCUGUAAACCUGCAACUUUAAUAGGAUAGAAGACUACUAAAACACAGAAGACAAAAUUGAAUGGCUGAGUGGUUUACGCUUAAAAGCCGUUUCUGUUCAUUCUCUUAAAUAUUUAUAUUUCAUUUGUUUGCACAGUUGCAUACAUGCCCAUUUAAAAGAUUUGCAUAUACUUGAAAGAAACCGUAAAGUUGUAGCAGUAAAGUCCAGUCAGAUUUGAUGAAUCAAUGUUUGAUAUAAUUGAAAGAGUUGAGUGAUAAACAGUCUUCCAGCAUGUAAAUGCCAUUGACCUUUGACCUGAGAGGUAGUAUAAUAAAAAUGAAAUUAUUAACCAUGUCAAAUACUUUAGUUUCUGGCUCUUAGAUUUAUCUAGUAACUCUACGUAUGAAAUAUCCUUUGUUAAAUAUAAAGUUUUUUGAAACUUGCAGUGCUGAUUAUUAGAAAGGCUUUGUCAGAUUUUUGAACAUGAUAUUUACAUCAUUAUUUAGCAAAACUUUCUGUAAAUAGCCAUCGUAAAUUACUUUCUCCAUUGUUUUCUUAUAAAUUGUGUCUAGAUAUCUUUUCAUUAAUUUUAAAUUAAGUGGACUUAAUAUAUAUAGAAAAUUUGGGUGUUAAAGGUAGUUUUAGGACAAAUUUUAAGAAAAUGUGGGUAGGCCACUUGUCCUUUAUAAGAAAGUCUUUUUUUUUUUUUUUUUUUUUUUAAGGGACAUGCCAGUUUUAGGGAUUCUCAGAUGAGAAGCUUGCUUUUUUUUAGCAUUGUCCAUCUUAGAGAUUCUUGCAGAAAGAGAUUGUAUUAGAUAUUAUAUUUAUUUCACUUAAGACAUUUUUGAAAAUUGAUUUUCUGAAUGAGAUUCUCAUUUGCAUUUUAUCUUUUAAAAAGCCAAUAAAAAGUAUCUUUCAGUAUCACUAAUAUUUUUUCAUUUAGAUGUUUAGUUUAACUUAGCAAAUAAAACCUUGUGCUUUUAAUAGCUUCUUGCUUUCUGAUUGUAGGAUUAACUUGUAAAAAUCAUUUCCUGAAUUGAGAUAUGUGAAAUAUCUUGUUUCCAAGUUAUGGAAACGUGUCUGUGGAAUAUAGGGGUGUGAGAGUGUUGCAAGAGUAUGUGUGUAUGUGUAUUAUUACAACUGGAAUCAAUUUUACAUUCAUAAGCUACUGCAUUUUGCAAAUCAUUUUAUGUCUCAUCCGUUUUCAGUUAUGUCUUUGCUUUUGAAAUCCAACAUUAAAAAUGAUGGGAAUUAUCUUUUAAACUUAAAAAUCAGUUAAUACAGCUAUAUGGAACAUAUAAAUUGAUUGCUUAUUAUUAGACACUGACUACUAAAAGAUACAUCUAAAACUAUUCAGGGUCAUUUUUCCACUUUUGAAAAAAUAAAGUUUAUUAUGCUUUAUAACUUCUUUUGUAUUUCUCUGUAUUUUCUGAUUUAUUUCAUUGUCUUUGAUAAAUAAAACAUGCAGUUUUGUUUUCCUAA